AUGGCAUGGGGUAAAACCGUCGGGGUUGCCUCCUGGGUGGACAGGCUAAAAGCGGAUGACCAGACGCUCACUUCCGUCACCGUCUUUCGCGGCCGCUUAUUCGGCCCAGCGGAGGCGGCGGAGGUUUGCGACGCCCUGCGCUCCAACACCGCGCUGCGGGAGUUCUACGCGUCGGGACACGCCAUGGACGUCGACACAGCCGGUAAGUUCUCGGACAUGCUCGCGGUGAACGAGACCAUCGAAUCCAUAUGCAUCGGCGACGCAUCAUUCGGCGAUGAUGGCGUCGCGGCGCUGGCGAGGGGCAUCGCGAGUAGCGCAUCCCUGCGGGCGGUGGACCUGGAGAACAAGGGCAUGGGUGACGAGGGCGCGAGGGCGCUCGGAGCGGCUUUGGCAAAGUCGAAGGUGAUCGAACUGAAUGUGUCGCGUAAUGUCGCGCUGACGGACGCGGGUCUCGCGGCGGUGUGCCUCGGGGCGGCCGCGGGACGGACCGUGACCAGCCUCCGUGUCGCUGGCUUGUCGGUGGGGCCCAAGUCUGCGGCGGCGGUGUCAAAGUUGCUCGCGUCAUCCGGGGGAUCGUUGAGGCGUAUGGACGCGACGGACGCGCAGAUGGACCCGGAUGGGAUCGUCGCGUUAGGCGUGGCGCUUCGCGACGACGGCGGGGAGGGCUCCGGCAGCCUCGAUGAGCUGGUGUUGGACGGCACUCAGCUCGGUGACGAUGGCGCCACCGCGCUGGCGGGGGGCGCCAGGGGACGCGAGGGGGACGAAGGGGGCGGGAUGGGGGUCCUGUCCAUAUCCAUGCAGGUGUGUGGGAUUGGCGAGGCUGGCGUAUCGGCCAUCGCCUCGACCCCUCGCGCGUCCAGGGAAGUCCUCGUCAAGACUCUGAAUCUCAGAGGAAACGAAGCAGGCGACGUGGGCGCCAAUGCCCUCGCCGCCGCAAUCGCCGGUGAGGGACCCGCUGGCGGCGAAUCCGCAUUCAGUGCCCUUGAGACGCUCGAUGUGGGUGCUAAUAGGCUAGGCGCCGCGGGAGCCGUCGAGCUCAUCCGUCAUUCCGGGCCGGUAGAGAACCUGUCGCUGUUUGGAAACGAGGCAGUGGGCGACAACGGAGCGGUGGCCAUGGUUGACGAGGUUCGAACGGGAGCGGGGGGGCGAAGGCUGCGCGUCCUUGACAUCGGAGGAUGUGGAAUAGGGGAAGAAGGUAUGACGACACUUUGCGAUGCCUUGAUUGACCACCCGACCGAGGUGUUCCCCGUGCUCGAGACGUUGGUGGUCGGGGGCAACCCGGGGGCAGUCGGCGAUGCCUGGGAGGCUGCUCUGGAGAAGUUAAGGCAGGCACGCCCGACGCUAGACGUGGCAUGGCGUGCAGCAGACGCUGGUGACAGCCAGGAACAACAUCAACAAAAGAACAAGCUGUUGGAGCAGUAUAAACAGCAGCAGGAGCUUCCGCCUCCAAGUACUCCUUAG